AAAUUAUUUAUGACAUAUCAUUUAAAUUUUAAAAAAAUUAUCAUAAUAUUGUGACUCCCAUACCCAUUUAUUUCUGGAAAUCGUGACGCAAUAUUUUAAAUUCUUUUAAUUUCACGACAAAAAUUGUUAUUAUUAAGUCGCCUUUAAGUUGUAACAUAUAUGUAAGCGACUGUUUAUUUUGUGACUUAUGUGUCGGGUAUCCUCAUUAACUAGGAGCUUAAGAUUAAUUUACGUGAUUGGCUUAGGUGGCGUAAAUUUUAAUUUUCAUCUAAUUUGCAAUGUUAAAAAGAUGCAAAUGAAAAUAUCUCGUUAGCGCGAGGCUUUAAAAUAGCGCCCUCUAGUGAAGCACACGGUGACGAGGUUAAGUUACGGAGUCGAAAGCUUUAGCAGACGCACGAGGUUGGCGUAAAGAGUGACAACAUAGAAUCACGCUCCUCAAAAUCGUGGCUUUUUCUUGUUUAACCCUUCCCUCCCUGAGCUCUGUACCGUUACUAGCAUCCGAUCCAGCAUUCAACGGACUGUGAUGCUUCAUGUUCCGUUCUCUAUGCUGAUUUAUUUCGACAAAUAUUUAAUAAAAUCACUCGAUCAGUGUGUGUUGUAUACAUGUAAACGAAAUUUAAAUUCGAUGACUUCUUCAAUCAACAUCAGCUGAUCUGAGCUGUCUUCACUGGGGUGUCCGGUUGUGUAUUUACUUGACUGGUUCCUGAUGUCAACUGGACGAUGUGCCCUGCCUGUGGACGUGUUAAAUGGACAUUGUCGGUUAUUUGUCAGUACUUUAGUGGACGUAAAUAUGACAACUGUGCUUCCGACAAAGUAGGGUUAGUGGAAAAACUAUUACCAGACGGAUAGUACUUUGUUUACCGUCGUACAUGUGUCGCGCUUUUUGUAUACUGAACGUUAAACCGGGCAUUGCCGCCUCGGACGCUUUCUUUUAUUUUUUUCGAUGGUACUUAGAUGGCAGUUCGGGAGCUUUUAGAUUCAUCUUCUCCUUCUAAUUCAUCGGACAUUCAAAUUUCGGGAACUAGUGGCGGACUUUCAAGUCCUAGUACACCUCUUUCUGCGGGGCGACUUCUAUCUAGAAAUGCAAAUGGGACAAUAGCUAUGACGUCUCAACCGACAAAUGAGUCGGAGCUACAACUAUAUCGAGUCUUACAGAGGGCUAAUCUUCUGGCUUAUUACGACACUUUCAUCUGUCAAGGAGGAGAUGAUGUUCAGCAACUUUGUGAAGCUGGUGAGGAAGAAUUUCUUGAAAUAAUGGCUUUGGUAGGAAUGGCCAGUAAGCCAUUACAUGUUCGGAGGCUACAAAAAGCCCUCCAAGAAUGGGUUAGCAACCCGACUAUGUUCCAAACACCACUAGUUCCAGCUCUGCCGCCCACUCACCCAAACCACCAUAUGGGUGGAAUGGGGGCUGGGGUCACCCGGGCUGGUCUCCAAGGCAAUAUGAGUCAAGCUCAACCCCCUAUGCCUAUGAGGCCGAGUCCCCCUAUUCCACCAAUGCUCACCAACAACGCUCACUCGUCCCCAUCACCUGGACACGGGGCACAAAGCGCCAGCGCAGGCGCCAAAGAUGUGACUUCCCCUUCUCAGAUGCAACAUCUUCAUCAUCAGCAACAACAACAGCAUCAGCAACAACAUCAGCAGCACCAACAGCAUCUUCAUCAGCAUCAGCAGGCGCAACAUCAUCAGGCCCAUGCUCCUCCGCAAUCUUCUACACAGUCCUCCCAACAGCAACAACUGCAGCAGCAACAGCAACAACAGCAGCAGCAACAACAGCAGCCGCCUCCGCCCACCCAUAGUCAGUUGCAACAGAUGUAUUCUCAGUCCCUGCCGCCCGGCUGCGGGGAUAUCCUCUUGAGUGACCCCCAGUUGUCUCUGACGCCGGUUCUGGUUGAUACCCAAAUCCAGAGACUGUCCGAGACUACGGAGAGCAUGAUCCCACAACUACUGAUGCAGCUUGACCCUAAACUUCCCAAUAGCAAGAAGAGGAUGAGUAAAGAAUUAGAGUAUGUCAUGAACAUGCCUGAAGAUGACCCAAGGCGGAUGGAUGAAAUUCGGAAGUAUGCAGCAAUUUAUGGAAGAUUUGAUUGCAAAAGAAAAGCAGAAAAACCUUUAACUUUGCAUGAGGAAUGGUUCCAGGUGUCUGUGAAUGAAGCCGCUGCCCAGAUCUGCAAGCACAUUCCUGCUCUUCUUACUCGCAGAGACGAGUUAUUUCCUUUGGCCAGACAAGUUGUACGAGACAGUGGUUACCAAUACUCCAAGGGUCACUCCAGGUUAGUUUUUUCUUUAUUAAUACAUACAUCCGAAUAGUACAAACUUCUUUAGAACAGUAGCGUGCGUAAUAAAUGAAUCUGAUACAGGACAUGAAAUUUCACUUCUAAAGGUACUAGCCAUACUAAAGUUAUACUUUACAAAAUAUCUGAAUAAUUUUGAAAAAAUUAACAGAUAUGUAGUUUAAAAACUUUUUUAAUGGCCAAAAUCGCAAAAAAAUGUAGAAACAGAAAACUUUAGAAUAGCCCGAAAUGUCAUAAUCUUGUUCAAAUCUGGGCGCUGAACACGCCUCUCUGUUCGUGUUAGAGAAGCAAACAUAAAAUUGAAUUCUGUUUUUCAUUGCAGAGUUCCACAUCCCAGUUGUUCAUUCCCGAGAUUGGGGUUUAAUUGCGCGGAAAAAAAACUUAAUAUCCUCUACCCCAAAUUAAAGAAUUUUUUCUUUGAUUUGUCAACCCAAAGUGUUAAAAACAAGCAGAAAUGUUAACACAUUAGAUGGCAUAGAUGUCUGUCUUUUUGUGAUGAAUACCUUCGCGCGUGUUUAAUUAAUCUCUCUCUUAAAGUCAGAAACUCUUGCUUCAUUUCUAAUAUUUGUCCUAACUUCAUUUUUAAUAUUUAUCCUAACUUCAUUUUUAAUAUUUAUCCAGUGCAGGCUCUGGAAAAGAAAAAAAAAUUAUUUGAAACACAAUAUUUUGCUAGACAAAAUUUACUUGCCAGUUCUAAAUAUUUGGUCGUCAUUGGCGAGUGGGAAUUUUACACCCUGAAACUUCACAAGUGAUGAGCAUCUACUUGCAUGGGAAGGAAGGGCAACUGGUACAAGAUCUUAGGAGCCUCAACCUCCCUGACCCCCUUGACUGACUAUUGGCUGUUACAUAUUUUGAAGAGCAAGAGUUAAUUGGGAAUAUUUUAUAUAUUGUGCUCUUGAUUAAUAUUUAAUCUGACCACCCCAUGAUUUCAAAACCAGUUUCACUCGUUUUGGCAUAGAUUCUGCCUGGUUUUUACUAUUUUCAACUAUAUAUCCCUACGACAUACUAGAAUCAAUCACCAAAUGAUGCUAUUUUUCAAACUGCAGUCCUUUUUUGCGAAUUUUUGUUUGCAAAGCUCAGCAUAUUGUAAUCCAUGAUUGAGGACCCGGAGAGUUUCCCGACCUUUCUAAAGCAGCCAAUUUGUUUUUGACAAAAUAUUCUUUUUAUUUAUUUAUUUUCUAAAUUGUGGCAAGGAGCUGAAUCUUGUUGAAAGUUUUUAUCUUUAGAUACCUCUUAUUUAACUCAGAUCCAUUAUUAUGUUGCACUAGUCCUUGUUUCGUCAUUCCUUCAACAAAAAUGAGAGGUCCAACUCCAUUUUAUGGAAAACACCCCAAAGCAUUUCCUUAUUUUAAAUUUGGAAGAUUUAAAAAUUUACUCUUGAUUUCGUUAAUACGCACGCUACUGAAUGUUGUGAAUUAAAUGCUAUCAUUAAAAAAAAAACACGAUAUUGCACUGUAAAAAAAAAGUAAUUUCGUUUAAACAAAUUUCUAGUUUUUCGUCAUUUUUUUUCCAAUUAUUGAUGAACUAGGUUGUAAAAAAUCUGGGAUUUCUUUAAAAAAUCAAUUCAAUUAUAGUAACAAAAGUGUAAUUCCCUUAAACGGAUCCUUCGCUAUAUUCUUAAGCUCUGAAAUAUAGAAUCUUCACUCAAAUUUUCAUAGUCUGAAACUGAUUGUUUCAAAUUUUUGAGAAUCUAAAAAUAGGCCUUCACAAAUUCGGGUGUUCUUAACGAAAUUUUAAUUUUAUAAAAUUGAUUCUUCAACAACAUUUUAAUCCUAUGAGGCAGAUAGCGAAUCUUUAAAACGUUGUCGCUUCAAAUUUGUAGUAUUUAUUUUUUGGCACUAGGUGAAAAAAAUAAAUCAUAGUUUUUCUAAAACUUGCAUUUUCUAACACUCACUAAAAAAUCGAAACUUAAAUUACCAAUAAUCUUAAAAACGCGUUUA